UUUCGUCAUGGAAAGGCUCAGCUACGCAAAACCCAGCUAAAGCGUGAGUUCUAGAGUAUCCUCAUCAUAAAAGAAUCAUGACAUCAAAAUGAGGAGUCGUGCAUAUAUCUGUCCGCGUUUCCCUCUUCUGCCCGUAUAUCUUGACAACAAAACUUAUAUACUCACCAAUACGUUCCAUCUUCUCUGAAAGGAAAUUAUAUACAUCAUCGAAAAUGUCUUCCACCACAACCAAGAGACCACAUGGUUCUUCAUCUCGGAACCCGAAUAAUCCUCCCAGCUACAAGGAGUCGGUGGAAAAGGACUUGCCAGCCGUUCGCGCACGAGGUAUGUAUUCCAUCCCGACUUUCAUAGGAAAUAUAACUUGGAUACCAACUAUGGAUCUAGCAUACGAUAUGUAUGUAACCGCGUAUCCAAAAACGAAAUUCGGAAACCUCGAGGAACUCGAAGUCCACAACCAAGAAAUAGCAUUAGAACACAUCGAAAAAGCGUACUACAAGCACAGAAAACAACUCAAGAAAGCCACAAAAGAAGUGCAAGUUCGCGGUUCGUCCUCCUCUCUCUCCCCCUUCAAACCCCCAAACAAAAGAAUCAUCAAUAAAUCAAGAAUAAAAGACUAAUGAAAUACCCACAGCAUUCUCCCUCUACCAAAUGCGCCACCCCUACAAAGACCACACCUCCAUCCUACAAGUCCAAUCCGAGAACUACAAGCUCGCAGACCACUACAUAAACAAAGCCUACUACCUCCUCCAAAAGGAGCUCAAAGCCGAAGAAGACCGCCGCAACGCCGCCAUCGAGGAGCUCAAAGCGGCCCUCUACGCCGCGGAAGAACGACAAGCCAAGAAGCGCGAGGAGCAACUCCUCCUCUCCGCGCAGCAAACCGUGCAAUCCGCACACGUCACCUCGGAGCAGGAAGAGCGCGAUGCCAAGCUGCGCGAGCGCGAGAACCUGUGGAUUGGGAUUGGGCAGCAGCGCAGGUUGUAUCGACAUUGUUGUUUCAACGAUCGCGAGAAUGGGGGGGCGGUGGAGGAGGAUACCAAGGAGAUGGGGAGGAGGCUGAAGGGGAAGGAGAAGAGGUGGAGGGAGAUGAAGAGGGGGCAGGUGGAUCUGGUGGAGAAGUAUUUGGAUUGGAGGACUCAGGCGUUGGAGGAGAAGACGGGGUGUUUGGCGAGAACGUGGUUUCGGAUGAGGUAUCCUCUGUGGAAGUAUAAGGGGCAGCAGGCGCCGCCCAGAAAGGAUUUAUAG